GCAGUCAAGGCUGGCUCAAAAAAAGAAUUAUUUAACUUCUUAUCAUCAUCAUUCAUUGCUUAUAAAUACGGAUCUUUCUGUGACAGUUUACAAACAACUGUAUCAUUUGAGUGAAUUUACAUCAACCAAAUUAAUCGAGUGAAUUUCUUUAGAGUUACUUGUGGUUUAACAUUCUCUGGUAACCAUGAAUUUUUGCUUAGUGUUAGUGCUAGCUUUUGUUGCAGUAGUAACCUCUCAGUUGCCUUCAGAUGAAGAAGAAAUGAAUAUGAUGAGAAUGCUGUGUAUUAGUGGUACUGAUGAGAUGUUCAACGGGAUCGACAAUUGUUUCCAACGGUAUGCAUCACAAAGGAAUCUGGAAAUAUCUGUUAUAUGCAAAGAAAGAAUCUUCGGAUCAGCUGAUAAGGAACCUUCCUUCUAUGUAAGGCAAGGUUGCCAGAACAUGACCCUGAUUGAACAGAUGGUGAACGAAGAAGAAGCAGCAAAAUGUUUAGCAGAAGUGUUCCAAAGAUAUCCUCUCAACAUGAAUCCAGAAACAGAAAGUUCUGAAGAAUAAAUACAUUUGUUUUUGUUUCUAAAUUGGUGAUAUUAUAGAUACUUUUAGCACACUGUUUUAUAAAAAAUGUGUUAGUAGUGCUGCAAAAAGAAAAUAAAUUACUAUAGCAUUAAGACCCAAAUAAUGUGUGUAUGUAAUUGUAGAUAAAAUAUUAGAAUGGGUAAAAAUAAAUUUAUUUUUAAAAGCA